CCCAGCUCCUGGCAUGGCAGAGCAGAGGCGCCUGGCCUACUCCAUCAUCCAGUUUCUCCACGACCAGCUCCAGAAUGGGGGCCUGUCCCCAGACGCCCAGGAGAGUUUGGAAGUGGCCAUCCAGUGCCUGGAGACGGUGUUUGGGGUCUCCAUGGAAGACCAAGGCCUAGCUGUGUCCCAGACCCUGCCUGAAAUAUUUGAAGCUGCUGCAGGGAAGGAGCUGGAACACAGCAGGACACACUCAGAGCCUGUCACCCCCUCUGAAGAUGACAUAGCUGAAGCUGAAAGGCUCAAGACUGAAGGAAAUGAGCAAAUGAAGGCAGAAAACUUUGAAGCUGCUGUGUCUUUCUAUGGCAAAGCCAUUGAACUGAAUCCAUCCAAUGCUGUGUACUUCUGCAACAGAGCUGCUGCUUACAGUAAACUGGGAAAUUAUGCUGGAGCAGUGAGAGACUGUGAAAGAGCCAUUGGCAUCGACCCCAACUACAGCAAAGCCUACGGCAGGAUGGGCCUGGCCCUCUCCAGUUUAAACAAACACACAGAAGCUGUUGUUUACUACAAAAAAGCCCUGGAGCUGGAUCCAGAAAAUGACACGUACAAAUCAAACCUUAAAAUAGCUGAACAGAAGAUGAAGGAGACUCCCAGUCCAACUGGUGGCCCAGGAGGAUUUGACUUAGCUGGCUUGCUGAACAACCCUGGCUUCAUGAGCAUGGCAUCCAACCUCAUGAACAAUCCACAAGUACAACAGCUCAUGUCCGGGAUGAUUUCUGGUGGGCACAAUGCCAUGGGAGGAGCUGGUGCCAACCCUGCCACCAACGACCUUGCCAGCCUCAUCCAGGC